AUGGGACGUGAUUCGGCUCUGUUCAGACUCCUAUCUCAGGUGGAUUUCGAGGAAAUCCGGCUGAAAGAAAGGAAGCAGCCGGCCCCCAGUUCCACAGGAGGCCGAAAGAAGAAAGCCGCCAAGAAAACUGCCCCGGCCAAAGCAAAGGCUGAAAGCAAAGGAAAGGAGAAAGUAACCUCCUCGGAACCACCGCAACAAACAGAAGAUGAGGAGUCGGCUUCCUUCUCUAAGAGAACCGACACGGAGAGGACCGAGGAUGAUAGAACGGUCAAUGAAGCCGACAAUCCGGCCCAGAGCCCUAAUGAUGUCGGACCAAACACCAACCCUGAGACCACCGAGGGUGAAGAGGAAGGUAAUAAAGAAGCCGGUAAUGAGGACAGCGACAAAGAAAAGGAGGAGGCCGAAGAAGCAGAGGCCGAUAGGAUAUCUCGGAAACUCCUUCAGGGCGUCAAAAAGCGAGCCGAGUCAAUUGAAGAACUAUACCUGGAAUGGCACAAUCACCGGUACGGCACACCGUAUAGAGAAAUCCUACCGGGCCACACAGACGAGGAGUGCAUCCAAAGAUUGGAAGAGGUAGAGGACAUGAUCAUGAACCUUACAAACUCCAACACACUCCAAGAGAUCGACACGGCUCUGGAACACUGCCCAACACCUCCAAAGGAGAAUGCGGCAUUAAUGGAAUCCGAUGAAAGAACCGACCCCAACCUCACCGGGCAAUCCCCUCCUCCACAACCGGAAGUCUCCGCUUCAGACUUCACAAAAGAAUGGGUUGAGGACCGUAUUCAAAAGCUUGAAGCCUCCACAUCAGAACUGAUUGAUAACCGCAUUCAAGAGUUCGAAGACUCCGCAGUUCAGCCGUUCAAGGAUAGAUCCAACAGAAUAUUUGAUUCGGCCCUCAAGUUCACCGACGCCACAAGGUGUCUUCUGGAAAGAAAUCAGGAACGGUUCUCAAAAAUCGGCGAUGAUCUGCGGGAAGAGGCGGUCCAGCGCAGUAAAUGUGUUCAACGAACUGCAAUUCUGGAGGACUUGACCUCAGAUUUAAAGAAAGACUUCGACCGGCUUGAAAGAGAGACCGAUCAACGGUUGACAUCAAUGAGUGAUGACCUGGUGGGCACUACACUCGAUCGAGUCUCCGAACUCGAGAAGACAAAUGUGGGUCUCGUGGCCGAACUGAAAGCGCUUUCCGAACAAGUUGCGGAAAUGCUAAGGGCAAAGGUAAACGCGGAUGCCGCGGCUAUAACGGCCGAUGCUGAAACAGCUAAAAGGGUCCAGGAUGCGCUGGAUGCCGAAGCGGGUAAAUAG